ACAUAAGCCUUUUUCUACUUGUUAGAAUGGUAUAUUUGUGGAUGGUUCCAAUGAGUCUCGUCUAAUUUCCAACGACAGCGGCAACUUCAUCACACCCGAAGAUGUGGACUACAACAACGAUUACGUCAUCAGAUCAGAUCUGAUCUACAGUGGUACAGCAGCUCGAGUCAGACGGCAGGCCGACUCAGAACACACUGUAGAAAUCCUCUUUGUUGCAGACUACAAAGAUCUCACCAACUUUCUGAAGAAACACAGUGACAACCUGACUCUAUCCCAGUUAGAGAUGCGGCUGUAUUACAGUUUUAUUGCAGACUCGAUGAUGUUACGAUUUCGAAGUUUAUCCGAGGGACCAAACGGCGAUCCUAAUCUCAAAGUCCGACCUUUGAUCACAGGACUGCUGAUACUCGAUAAUCCACUAACGUCCGGAUUUACGUCGAGGACUGCCAUUGGUAACAAACUGAUCGCCUCAAAAGCUCUUGACGCCUUCAAUGAUUGGGUGAAGCGGCAGAGAGGACUGCCACCUAGUGACCACUGGAUGCUAUUCACAGGGUACAAUUUGGUUCGAGGUGACGGCACUGACAGCGUGGCAGGUCUGGCUGUGCUAGGAGGAUUGUGCUCGAGAUCGGCUGUUUCCGUCGUCGAACAGAGUAACUCGGGAAGUCUCGGAGCUACGGCUACGCACGAACUCGCUCAUAGUCUAGGCGCCCGGCACGAUGGGGAGGAUUACGGUUGCUAUGACGACGAUAACUACAUCAUGUCGCGGAGGUUGAGGAACCCUCGAUCUGAGAGGUUAGCUUCCAGACCGUGGCAGUUCUCCAAAUGUUCAGUCUGGCGUAUAAAGCGUUUCCUUAGAAGAGUGACGUGCACUUUAAAAGACACAUUUCAUAAGUCUGUAAUUCGCACGCCCCCUGGUGUGCAUCCUGGACAAAUCUACAAGGCGGAUGUCCAGUGCAGAAUGGUUUUAAGAGAUGAAUCAUACUAUGGUCGGUACAUUCAAUACCGGAAAGGUUUGGACUCGAUGUGUAGAGCGAUGUACUGUUUUGUUCCUGGGACGACCUCCACCUACAGGUCAAUAUUCCCCUUCGAGAAGACAAGUUGUGGAGACGGAAAGUGGUGUGAAAAGGGCCGUUGUGUUCACUCCCUAUAUGCCCCAAGGACUGCAGAGAACUGUCCUCAAGGAGACGAUCCCAAUUCAGACUGCUCGAAGGACGUGUGCAGAUACAUACGGUCCAAAUCUGCAAUGGCGUCAACCUGCUGCAGUACUUGCGGAAUAGGUCCAGUGCUAGACGCAGAACGAAAGCUAGGAAUAAAUCUCUCAAAUACAGGGAGUCCAAGUCUGCCUUGGCAAGGAAACAAUCAAAGGAAAUCAUCCAAAACCGAACUUCCCAAUCAACCCCAACAGGGAAACGUUCAAAUAGCUACCUCUACAGUAACCUUACCUACGCCAUCAACAGUAGAUCCAGUUAAGAAAACAAUGAGUCCCAGCAAUCAUCCAGGACCAGUUUUAGAUCUGCAGACAAACUCGUCAGCUGACGGCGUGUCCCUGAAUUCUGGGAAACGAAUGUGGGAUAAUCUUGAUAGGACGUGGAAUUCUCUGUUCGGGACACAUGAUUCUGAUCACGUCGGGAAGUCCACUUCACAUCCAUCUAUGGUGUCCACUGUAAAGCCACCUACCUCAUCGAGAACUAGUUUUUGGGACACUUUUUUCUCUGACUUUGGUAUACCUUUCAUCCGUAGCAGCCGAACAGAUUCAUCAAAUCCAAGACGGAACCCUAGUGAAAAUUUAGGACUGGGUAGACGGGGUGGAGUGUUUUCUGAUCUAGGUUCAGGGCGCAGAAGAAUUGUUAUCUCCAUACCAAGAUCUUCUGGUGUUUCUACAUCCGAUAUCCUGAAUAAACUUCUACGCGAAUUUGGUUCUGGUUUUCGGUCUACCAGACGUUGGAGAGUGCCAGGCUCGUCGUUGGAUGUGACAGUUGGGUCUCCUCGCACAGCGUCUAGCAGACGAUUCGGAUCUCGCAGACGGAUACUGAGGCCCUCCUCCUCCAUGAGAAAUGGUGGUAAGAUUUUCAGACUAAUUCAGAGGACGACAUCUUCAAGUGGAAGUCAGGCCAUGAAUUUACGACGAUCGUCGCAGAGUACAACUAUAAGGAGGAGGUCACGGAUUCAGAACAGACCGAAGAGGAUGUGGUUGAUAAAGACUAACUAGAACUCACAAUCCAGUGCAUUUAAGGAUUAAGUAGAGACUAUUUGAGAAAUUCGUGUAACCGUAUUAUAGGAAAACAAAUAAGAUCCCAGAAUCCAGUUUUUGACUCAACAUAAUAUUAUGAUAUAGAGAUUCUUGAAGAAACCGGUGUAUUCUUAAUAGAGACAAGAACUUCAUCUGACUUGCUAUUAUAUAGAGGGACUAGAAGCUUGGAUAAUAACAUAUUAACAGAGAAGCGCCUGAGACAAACCCGAAGAAAUAUAUUAGUAUUAAGUUCGAAAGUCACUCGAUAUAUUAGUAUUAAAAAAGAGAUAAGAAACCUGGGUUCUAACGAAUAAAUCAGACAAUCAUACGUGUGCUCUUAGCCAUUUGAUAUAAGGGUCUCUUUAUUGUCCAUGUCGAAUAAUCAGUUCAGUGCAAAUAAUGGGUUUUUUUAAUGUCUGAAGAUUGUAGUGACAGAAGCUGUAUAUAAACAACACUGAACCUAGGCAUAAUUACUGAAUUACACGUCUGAAUGGGACAAAAGUGUAGACCCUUAAAUGAAAUGGUCCUGCCAACAUAAAAUACCAAAGAUCUUCUGAAUGAAUAUUAAAUACAAGCACUACAUAGAUUGUGUACAUGAGGUGUAUUAUUCUGUAAAACAAUGCAGCCUACAGACCAUUGUUUAUGUAUCUCUAACGUCGACAUGGAACGGACUAAGUGUAAAUAAAGUUUUGUUCAGUUCUGUUCUGUUUGACAAUUGCAUUUCCUUGCUGAAAUAUAAAUAACCGUAACGCUGUUUUCUGGCUUGCUCUAAUGUCUGUGUAAUCUAAAGAGUGAAUCUUCGUGCGACCAAUAGAUGCUCGUCAGGAUUUCAAUGAUAGUGAGAUUUUGUAAGUACUUCAGGAGAAACGCCAGUCAGUCACAACGAGUGAUGAUUUGGUUAUCUCGCAAAACCUCUUCACGUCAAACCUGCUGAAAUUAGCUAAGAUAGCAAACUCUAGUUAGUAUUUAGUAAAGUAGUCUGGGAGUGGCAGUUAUAUGUUGCGAUACAAGAGGGAUGACAUCUCCAGUAAAGUAUCUCCUCGGAAGUGGCUGUCCUAUAUAGACGAGACACUGGAUAUAUAUUUCUGGAAUCAUCCACUAUUUUGCCACAUAUCCAUUCGUCUCUGUUUUGUUCAGAGAUACGUCCCUGAUCAUGUGUUACGCUUUGAUAUUAGCAAGCAUUACUACAAUUUAAAAAAACCUAGUAGAAAUUGUACAAAAAGAUACGAUGAGAGGUUGAUUAAACUGUAAUUAUAAGCCAGAGAAAACGUUUUUUCAAAAAGAUGAAGCACAGGUUACAUAGACCAACGUUACCUAGGAAUAAAGCACACACUACAACCCCUAGACUGUGUUAGUUAACUCUUUAAACGUGUUAAACGGAUACUUAUGAAGCAUUUCUAUUUAUCUUUAUAUGCAUUUUAUGGUUCACACUUUGUGAUGCUUUUUAGUGUUAAUAAACGUUUUUGUCAUA